GUACAUUACAAUAUGUCAAUACAAGCAUUUCAGUCACAUAUUUGAUCUAACAUGACAUGUAACCAGUCUUAAAAAAAACAGUUUGCGUCUCUUCCCCAGCAGCGUCUGGGAUUUGGCGCCACGAGUGUAGUACGUGCUGACGUCAUUGUGGAAUGUCAGCAGACACGCCCACUACUUCCAUCUUAGCCAUGUGGCUAUGACCACAACCGAAUACGCGACCGAUCGGACUGUUUAAACAAAUUAACUCUAACUGUACAUGAUCGGACCGUCAGCAACAUGUGCGAGUCCGUGUCCAGGUUUCAGGCGGAGGUGGCGGCCGUUAUGGAGGUGUUAGUGAAGGUGGCCGUCGUGGAGAUCACGAAAGUUUUCGAGGGACGCUCGCUGCACCCCCAUGGCUGCACGGUCAACAGAGAAGCUCCGAUGAGUAAAGACGUGCCCGACAUCAGAGCUCACAUGCAAAAUGCAUUGGCUAAUGUGUCCAAGAUGGUUUGCAGCGUCGGCGUGCAGGUGGAGGAGACGCUGCUGUCCCAACAUCACGUUGAGUGCACGUCCAGUGAGAAAGACAGUGUUUGUCCUCACGGGUCUAAAAGAUUGGAGGGUUUGUGUCCUUCUGAAACUCACUCUUCAGAAGCUGUGGAUCUGCAGUGUAUGGUUGACCUUCCAUGCUCCAUCUUCAGUGACAAUGGCAUUGGUUUGGGAAAAGGAGACGGCGUCAUUAGUGCUCCCCUGUGGACAGGCGACUUAAAGAAGCAAGAGAUGAUUCAGGAGAAUGGUCAUCAAGGACUUGCAGAGUCGUCUUCAUGUUCUGUAGUAGAUCCGGAGGUCGACCCGUUCAGCUCUGUUGUAGACAACAUUCCCAGUGAAGAUCGUAACACAGACACUCUCGGCCAGCUGGAUCUUGGCCUUAUGGAAGUGGGUUCUUUGCCUUCCAGAGAGACACCCCUCGCAGAACCUUCUCAGUCCAGUCAAACCACAGCCGAGCCCACUCAUUCCAGCCAGGGAUCGAACAAUAAAAGCGCCAUACAGGCCAGACACGCGUCCAAUUUGAAAAAGGUGCGUUUACAGCUCAGCCAAACACCUUUUGACUGCAAACUGUUAAAACCUUGCUCCGUUGAACUUGUGAAUCUUCUGAUGCUGUCGAGAGCCGUAAAAAGGACAAACGCUUCCAGCGGUCAUUUCCCGUCUACACACAAAGAUCUGCGAACCCAUCAAAACGCGCACAGCGGACGCCGACUGUGCUGCUUCACCGAGUGCGAAAACGGCAUUUGGCGUCUGCAGGGGGUCCUCGCGCGCGGCCACCCUCUGGCCUGCAAGAUCUGCGGCAAAAAGUUCAAACGCAGGAAGAUCUUGAGGAGACAUGAGCGCUUUCACACGGGAGAAAAGCCGUACUCGUGCAUACGCUGUAAAAAACGAUUCGCUCUGCGGAAGAGCUUGAGAAGGCACGAAAGGUUUCACACCGGAGAGAGACCCCACAACUGCGCUCAAUGUGGAAAAGGCUUCCGUCUCAAGAACAAUCUGAAGGUCCACCUGCGCUUUCACUCAAACGAAAAGCCCUACGCAUGCAACAUGUGCUCCAAGAGUUUUCGCAUCCCCAAGAACCUGGAGAAACACAGACUGACUCACUCGGCACCAGGCAGAUGUCGAUCUGUUAACUAAGCGAAGAGAUGGUGUGUUUGCGCUUGAUUUUAUACCAAACACUAUUUCUACCUCACGUAAGAACCACUGGGCCGACUCGGACUAACCAAUACGUCGCAAGGUUCAUGCAGUAAACGCAGCUGGUCAAUUCAUUGUUAAAUGAAUGUUUCCAUUUUAUUCCUGAUGUUGAGUUGUGACGACUGUUUGGCACGUUGAGCAGGAAUCUUACAGAUGUUUCUCUUCUGUUGUGAAUAUUCUGUUGUUGUUUUUUGUUCGUUUUUCAACUUGCUCUUGUUAAGGUGUCAUUGAAUGAUAUGUGCACAACAUCAUGUUUUCAGUAGCUUCAGAGUGUAACGUUCAAAAAGUGUCGAUUGGCCUUGUGUUUUAACAUUCAUUCGGAUAUGGUGACUCAUUCAAGAGCAUUCAUCUGCUGAAGUACUAUACACUGGAGGUAAUCUGACGUCCGUUCUGUUAACGAACAUCUUUAAAAACUCAAAAGAACCAUUUUCUAUCGUAGAUUUGCUAUCUGCUUUCUUAGAUUUUUACGAGCAACGCGAACGUUUCCAUUUUUUAACCGUAGCCUUUUAUAAACGCGUUGUCUUGCUCUUCUUUUUGUUUCAGAAAUUGCUUUGUCAGCUUUAAACUGCUUUUAGUUGUUUAUGUUAAAAUUAGCAAUGGCGUAAAAUAGAUUUAAUUGAGAUUGUAAACUAUUUCUCACUGUCAUUCCUCAUAGCCAUUAUGGCCAAACCUACUUAAUUUUCUGUUGUAAUAAAUAAUAGUCUCGCUUGUGUUUACUGGGUUUAUCAUUUAAUAUGACAAGAAUCUUCUUGUUGAGAAAUAUACGGAGUACAAAAGCAGUGCAGAGCAGAUGUUGGACCUGCAGUCAGGGUUGGGGAUCCUUUGAAUUUUAGCCAUUCCAGUUUCGAUUCCACAGUUGUUUAUGAGGAAUCGAUAAGAGGAAUUGACAUUUUUAUUUCAAGUAUCCGAUUCCUUUCCAUUCCCAACCCCCUGCAGUCAGUUUGGAGAGUUCACAAACCUGUUUUACACACUUCCAACUCCAACAGAUAAAUCCUAAAACAGACAAAACACAAAUGAUAUCUUUCUCCUCCAAGGUUUAGUGCGAGCUGGAUUUCAGACACAUUCAGUAACAGAGCUGUAUCGCCGCUGUGCAUUUUCCUUUGCAUCGGGAUACACCGGAAAGCUGUUGUAUUAAACUUAAAUGAUAAAAAGAGAAAGUCCUAAUGACAGAUGUCAAAAACAUACCAUGCUACAGUAUAUUUGUGCAUAUCCAAGAACACCACGCUUACACAACUAAUACCUAUAGUCAAUUCCAGACUAAAAUUGAGAAUGAACCGUUCAACAAGUGCUUAUGAUGGCACAAUUAUAUUUAUAAUACAUUGGUGUAAUGUCAAUAUAUACAGUAUGUAUAUAUGUGUUUGUGGUCUAUAUAUAUGUUUAUGUUCACUAGAGUGAUGUA